GAAACCAAUUGAAAAUUAUCAUAAACAUUAAUUUAAUAGCUUUAAGCAUUGUUAAUAAUUUUUGAAAAGUUUCUUCAGUCAUUACUCCUAAUCUAAUCUUUAUAUAGUUAGCAAAGGUAAGGCUUAAACGUAAAAUCUUUAGACAAAGUAGAAGGACCUCCUGUCAAAUUACAACGAAAAGGAACCAGAGGAAUGAGUGUCUUCUCCCUUAACUCCAGAAAUGGGCUCACCAGCUCAUGGAAGUCAGAGGCCAACUCAAAGAAAUCUUUCAAAAGGAAAGGGACUUUAUUCUUUAAGGAUGGUUCAGUGAAAAGGCUUAAAAGAAAAGCAUCCAAUUUUGUUAAUAUUACUACUAUCCAAAGACUGAACAAGAUCGAAGAAAAACGUAAGAAGGAGCAACUUGAGAAGAAACUAGCUCUUUCUAACCAACAAAGGAAGUACCUCCGGAAGUAUCUAGUUUGAUUACACAUUCUCAAAACAGGACUUAUGAAAUGAGCAUACUACUUUUAUACCGAGAAACAGAAGAAGAAUAAAUCUAAAAAGAAGAAGAAAAAGAACAAAGAAAAGACUUAUAGGAUUCUUUUGUCGACUAAUUUUAUCAGAAACCUUAAUGAUGAAUUUAAAGAGGAGGAUAUAAAUUCUCCUCGUUUUAUGGCAUUUCAAUCAGAAUAUAAUAUGGUUAAGUUAAAGCACCCUAAAUUCAACUCUGAGAAUGACUCUAAGUCAAGAGUUAUGUCUUCUGCCCAAAAUAUCGAUCACAUAGAUGAAAGGCUCACUGAUGAAGAUAAUUCUCUUAAUACAUCUCAGUCAUUGCCUCAGGUUCAGAAGAGAUUGAGUGAAUCAAAGAAUUUGCUGAGCAUACAGAAGACGGAUAAAUACAAGUUUCCUUUAACGAAUUACAAAAGGUCUAUUUCGAAAAACUCAAAGGGUAGUACUAAGCCUCCGCUUUAUCAGAGCGGAUCAAGUCACAGGUUUCCACCUAUUAAGACUCCAAAAAGAGGUAAGGACAUAAGCAAUAAGGGUAAAAAUAACCCCAGGAACGUUAAGGGAGCAAGUAGCACACUUAAAAAAGGAUUUCACGAGUUCAGCGUAAUAAAAGCAUCUCUUGAGAGGAUGAAGAAAAUUAAAUAAUUCACGAC